GUCGCGCGCUGCCGCUGUCCCUUUCAGCACCGAGGAGCGGUAGAGGAGUGUACGUGUGUGUGUAUGUGUGUAUGUAUGUGUGAACGCGCGCGCGUCUGUGGAGCACUUCACGGGAAGGGUCCACGCGCGAUGAGCUUAAAGAGAGGACUAUGGAUAAAAAUCAGGCUCUUCUGAAGAUGUGACUUGCGGAUUACAGGAUCUACUCCCUGACUAGAUUUCUGCUACGUCACUGCCACACUUCCACGCAACCACUCUCUUUGUAACGCUGUCUCUUUUGGAAUAUGAUUCAUUCCUGGGGCUCAGCUAGCUCCACCUCUGGGGUCCUUUACCCCUCCCUUGUUGACCAAUAGGAAGGCUUUCAUCUUUAAUAUUCCCAAAAGCACAUCUUCAGUUUUGGAAUACCUAACCCUCCUCUAAGAUUACCUUUGUCUCAAUCGCUGAUCAUGGAACCUCAGUGGAACCCGAUUUCUUACCCCCAGUCUCCUUCUGUCAUCUUCCUGCUCGUGGCGACUUCUUACACUUGGCUCCUACCCGUCGCCUCCCCUCAGCGGAUCCCGACAGACCCCCAGGCAGCGCCAGAGUAUGCCCACUCCAUCCGACUGGAUGGCGACAUCAUCCUCGGCGGAUUGUUUCCCGUCCACUCGCGGGGGGACCGCGGCACCCCUUGCGGGGAGCUGAAGAAGGAGAAGGGUAUCCACCGUUUGGAGGCCAUGAUGUUCGCCAUCGACCUGAUCAACAAGGACCCCGAGCUGCUGCCCAACAUCACGCUGGGGGCCCGGAUCUUGGAUACCUGCUCCAGGGACACGUACGCGCUGGAGCAGUCCUUGACUUUUGUGCAGGCCUUGAUAGAGAGGGACGGCUCUGACGUCCGCUGCGCUAACGGAGACCCUCCAAUCUUCACCAAGCCGGAUAAAAUUGUAGGGGUGAUAGGAGCCGCGGCGAGCUCAGUGUCCAUCAUGGUGGCCAACAUCCUGCGUCUGUUUAAGAUCCCCCAGAUCAGCUACGCCUCCACCGCCCCAGAGCUGAGCGACAACUCCCGCUAUGACUUCUUCUCCCGUGUGGUACCGCCGGACUCCUAUCAGGCCCAGGCUAUGAUGGACAUCGUCACGGCGAUGGAAUGGAACUACGUGUCCACCCUAGCGUCAGAGGGCAACUACGGCGAGAGCGGCGUGGAGGCGUUCAUCCAGAUCUCCAGAGAAACUGGUGGUGUAUGCAUUGCCCAGUCCUUGAAGAUCCCUAGGGAGCCCAGGCCAGGGGAGUUUGACAAGAUCAUCAGACGCCUGCUGGAGACCUCCAAUGCCAGGGCCAUCAUCAUGUUCGCUAAUGAGGACGACAUACGACGAGUUCUGGAUGCAGCGAAAAGGAACAACCAGACGGGUCAUUUCCUGUGGGUGGGUUCAGACAGCUGGGGGUCCAAGAUCUCUCCUGUUAUUGGCCAGGAGAGAGUGGCUGAGGGAGCCAUUACAAUACUUCCUAAACGAGUGUCUGUGGAUGCGUUUGACAGGUAUUUCCGUAGCCGCUCACUGUCCAACAAUAGAAGAAAUGUUUGGUUCGCUGAGUUCUGGGAGGAGAAUUUCAACUGUAAGCUGGGGAUGCAUGGCAAACGACCCGGUAGCCUCAAAAAAUGCACAGGUUUGGAAAAAGUUGGUCGUGAUUCCAGUUAUGAACAAGAGGGGAAGGUUCAGUUUGUGAUGGAUGCAGUGUACGCCAUGGCCCAUGCUCUGCACCGCAUGCACAGGGAGCUGUGCUACGGCUACCCGGGUCUCUGCCCGCGCAUGGCCAACAACAUCGACGGCAAAGAGCUGCUGAGCUACAUUCGCGCUGUCAACUUCAAUGGAAGCGCUGGCACUCCGGUGGUGUUCAAUGAAAAUGGAGACGCUCCAGGAAGAUAUGAUAUCUUCCAAUACCAGAUCACCAACAGAUCUACUGCGGAGUACAGAGUCAUCGGCUCCUGGACCAAUAAACUACAUCUCAAAGUUGAAGCCAUGCGUUGGAGGACAGGUGACCCAUCUCUCCCGGCGUCUGUAUGCAGCAUCCCAUGCCGUACGGGUGAAAGGAAGAAAGUGGUUAAAGGUGUACCCUGUUGCUGGCACUGUGAGCGCUGUGAGGGAUACCACUAUCAGGCGUCAGAGUUUACCUGCGAGCUGUGCCCAUAUGAGAUGCGACCCGAUACCAACCGCACCGGCUGCGUCCCCAUUCCCAUCAUCAAGCUGGAGUGGCAUUCCCCCUGGGCCGUCGUCCCCGUCUUCAUCUCCAUGCUGGGGAUCAUCGCCACCUCUUUCGUCAUCGUCACUUUCGUUCGGUACAACGACACCCCCAUCGUACGAGCGUCAGGACGAGAGAUGAGCUACGUGCUACUAACGGGAAUCUUCCUGUGUUACGCCAUCACCUUCCUGAUGAUCGCGACGCCGGACGUGGGGGUCUGUUCGUUCAGGAGGAUUUUCUUGGGCUUGGGGAUGUGUUUCAGCUAUGCAGCACUGCUCACCAAGACCAACAGGAUACACCGCAUUUUUGAACAAGGGAAGAAGUCUGUAACAGCACCCAGGUUCAUCUCCCCCGCCUCCCAGCUCGUCAUCACCUUCUCCCUCAUCUCGGUUCAGCUGAUGGGCGUCUUCGUCUGGUUCGCGGUCGACCCGCCUCACACUGUUGUGGACUACGGUGAGCAGCGUACCCAGGACCCCACGGCAGCACGUGGCGUCCUCAAGUGCGACAUCUCGGACCUGUCCCUCAUUUGCUCCUUGGGUUACUCCAUCCUGCUGAUGGUGACGUGCACAGUUUACGCCAUCAAGACGCGAGGCGUGCCUGAAACCUUCAACGAGGCCAAGCCCAUCGGAUUUACCAUGUACACCACCUGCAUCAUCUGGCUGGCGUUCAUACCCAUCUUCUUUGGCACAUCACAGUCUGCAGAGAGGAUGUAUAUCCAAACCACCACCCUGACCAUCUCUCUCAACCUGUCUGCCUCGGUGUCUCUGGGAAUGCUCUACAUGCCCAAGGUCUACAUCAUCCUCUUCCACCCCGAGCAGAAUGUACCCAAACGAAAACGCAGCUUCAAGGCCAUUGUGACAGCUGCCACCAUGUCGGGGAAACUGACACAGAAGGGAGGAGACCGGCCCAACGGAGAGGUGAAGACUGAACUGUGUGAGAGCAUGGAGACCAACAGUGAAGAGAUUAUAACAGUAAAAGCAAUAUUCUGUCUGCAUAGCUGUCAGGUUUGGAUCUAUGUUGGAUGACUUGGCGCUGGGGAUGUGACAAGGAUACCAGGUUCAUCAGAGGAUAGUAGGGAGCGCGUGCUAAGGGAUGGAAGUUAGAGAGGGAAUAGAGAGGAGAACAGAGGAAGCAGAGGAAGAGGUGGUGAGAAAACGACAGAUGGAGCAGAGAAAUAACUGUAUGUAAGGAAGUAUAAGAAUAAAGAUCAUGCUAAUUAUAUGUCACCUUUAGCCUCCUAUGGCAGCUCUUACUGUAGCUUCUGUGCUUUCAUUUGCAAGAAGGAGUGACUUCAUCAUUUAUGUGCCAAUGUGUUAAUGUGACUGAAAUGUGCCACACUUUGUGUCUUUGUAUGUGUUAUUCUGGAGAUUUAAAACACAGAUAACUUCUAUUUUAUUCAAGAAAACAGUGCAAAAUAAGAACACAAAGGCCAGGGAGUAAACCUGCACUCAGGAACUGUCCCCAUAAAACAGGGACAUAUUCUCACACUAGUGUAUCUGUGUGUGCGUUUCCAUGAGAAAUGAUGCCUAACAAACAUUGCUACUUCCUCCCUCGUGCCCAUUGUUCUUUAUCUGCUUCAUUAGUUGUUGUUUUUUUUUUUGUUUUUUUUUACAUGGCGACAAAACUAGUUGCUCCCAUGCUUGAGGAAUCAGCAGCAGCUACAGCAGCUAUGGUGAGAGCCUGGGGGUUAUGUUGACGAGAGAGGUGGUUAAGGAUCAAAUGUUAUUGCCACUUUCUUUCUUCUUCUCCCACCCCCUCUAUCUGUGCUUUUUUUCUCUCUUUCAGGCUUCCCUGCUGAGAGAGAAUUUUUUGGCUCUGUCUGUUCCUGCUCUCACCUCUCUCUCUGCCUUUUGUUCUCAGUUUACAAUGUGUCUCUCUCUCUGCCUCUCCUCCUCUCCCCCUCUCGCUUUCGAGCUUUCGACUUCUCUCUAACCCCCCGAACCUGAAACUGCUCCUCUCUGGUUUCUCUUCUCUCUUCUUCCUCCUCCUGUGUCACACAAUCAGAGAUUCUCUCUCACUGUCUGCCAGGCAGAGAGCCAGAAUACCAAUAGACCAAUAGACCAGAGCCCUCUGUCUCCCCAUUAUCCAGACCCCGUCUUCCUGUCUGCAACACACACGCACACACACACACUGCAAGCACACUCAUAGACAUAUAUGACUUUACAUGAAUUCAUGCAUGAAGGCUGAAAGACGCACACGCACAUCUGUAUCCAGAGAGUUGCAAAAGCAGACACAGUCUUAUAGAAACUGCUGCAGGAACACACGCAUUCACACUGGUGCAGGGGCACACUUAAAGCCAGAUAUUACAUAAUAGAUACAUACAUAGAUAUAUUAUACUGAUAGACACUUGAUAGAUAUAGGCAUGAAGACGCUUAAAUACUGAACACACACAUACAUACACAUAUAGACUCCCAACACACACACACACACACACACACACACACGCACUGAGCUUCUAGCCCUUCUAAUCAAUUUGCACUUUAAAGAGAGUUCCACCUUUCCCUUUGGUGUCUUCAAGCCCCAAGCUCCUCUUUUACUGGUCCCUCACUAGUCUCUCUCUCCAUCCUUCUCCUUUUGUUACAACAGUCAUUUCUCUCUCCCUCUGAGAGUAUCUCCCUCUUUCCCCUGCUGCAACCACUCUUUCUUUAUUGCUCCCUCUGUCUCCUUCUCAUUCUGGCAGUGUUUCUUUGCUCUCUUUUAUCACUAUUAGAGCCGCAUUUCUACAUUGGAAUUAAUGGGUUACGGUGGAGCGACAGAGGCUUGACACGCACAUUCUCAAAAAUGUAAUUGAGGCUAUGGUGGCUCCGGAUCUACACCAUGUGGAGACUGUGGAACUGUCUUUUGUUUUCUCCAUCAAGUUUCUGAUAUCAGUGGUUGAUAGCGAAGGCCACUCGGACCUCGCUGAGGACAGGCUCAGUAAUCGUCUUUUUUAGUAACACAUUUAGCAAAGCCAUCUCUAAGCUCUCCACUCCAUCUCUAAGCAAUCACUCUCACAGUGAAUUGAAGAGCGUAUUAAUGAUUGCGCAGCAAUAAUCUUUAUUCAGUGGCAAGACAAAACAGACUUACCUGUUGUUACUCUAUAUUAAAAGGUGAAUAAAAAAUCCAGCCGCAUAUAAUUAAGACAUGAUUCAGCCUGAUAAACCUGAUAAGCCUGAUAAAACGCUGAAUUACAAAUCAAUUCCUAUAAUUCCACUUAAAGUGGAGAGAAAGACUGAUAGAAAGACAGGAUGGAAAUAUGAAGGAGAGCAUAAUGGUUGGAGGACGAAAACAGUGAUGAGCAUGGUGUGGCAAGAAAAAUGACAAAUUCAAAUUCAGUCAUUAAACCCUCUCCUACACAACUCUCCAAAUAUCACAAAUAUAUCAAUGAUCAGGGCCGGACUGGGACUUAAAAAAUAGCCCUGGACUUUUACCAUUAGGCAAGGUAGGCAACUGCCUGGGGCCCCCAACUAAAAGGGCCCCAAACAGAUUUUUUAUGAUGUUUAGAUAUGAAAAAUAAUAAAUUAUGUUACUAUUCUAACUCAUUGUACCCUGAAAUAACUUACAAAAGGCCCCCAAAGCACUUAAAAAAUAUGCAACUGUAUACUACUUAUUUACUGUGUACAUCUACUUCAGAGGAAACAAUGUACCACUAUAUUUACCUACAAUAACAUAACCUACAUAUAAGAGAAAUGUUAUGUUGCAGAUUCAGAUUUUACUCACAAAAUAUAACAAUUCAAAGAUAAAUAAUAGUUUUACUUCACAAAUAAAAAGUUUUGAAUACUUCCUCUACCACUGCCAAUACCAACAUUCCCAGUUAGAGAAAGAGUGAAAAGUAAAGCAAGACAGUGUUUGCCUGGCCCCCAAAAUCACUAAAUCCAAAAACAAGCGGCACACUUGCUCUUGUUUUUGUAUAAUGGGCUGUUUGAGCGGCCCACAUAGUGCUCAAGCGGCCCAGCGACCGGCCCACUGGGAUUUUUCCCAGUGCUCCCGUUGGCCAGUCUGACUCUGUCAAUGACUGUGUGUUUGUAUGUGUAUGCAGAGAUAAAAGCGUGACAAAAACAACUUUGAGUGCUUCACGCUAGUCACGAUAAAAAGUAUUUUACCAGCAUGAACUUCAGAGCUUCAUCAUCAAAACACUAAGCAGCCACCUCUGGCAGCAUGCUCGCUAACAUUUUCUGCUUACUGUGAAGAAAUGAUGUAUUAUGUAUGGUAUAUGUAAUGUAUGUUGUUAUUUUUAUGAUACUGCUUUGUUUGUGGUUGUUUCACUGAGAGAUGUGGAAUGCAUGGGGCUAUCUAUCUAUCAUUACUUAUGAUGUGUAACCAAGCAAGUAAGCUCGCAGGGUGGUUGGCUCAUGUGUGGGAGUGCAUAGUGAUUAUAUAUUGUAGUUGUGAGGCUGAGUGUUUGCCUGUGUGAGAAUAGUAGUUUGGUGAGUGUGUAUGUGUGGGUGUGGGACAGGACAGCUGACCAUUCUGCACACUGGCGAGACAGACAACCACGAUGUAGAUCCAAGAAAAAUCUCCCGACCCAAUCAUAUCAACUCACCCGUCUUCCUCCAGAUUUGUUUUCACAAAUUGCUUCUACUGCUCCAUUUAACUCUUGAUUAGCCUUUCUCCAGCACUUUUCCUUCAGGGCCAUUGUAGUGCCGAUGGGAUAUUGAAAAGGCACGAUGGUCCUGAUCUGUAGUUACUUUUAACUGUAGUGAGUUAUUAAGAAUAUUCUACUGAAUUUCAGGGAAAAGGGAAUGUCAUGCAAAACUUACGCUAAGCAAUAGCAUAUCUAUGAUCAUAUGUUUAAUGAAUAGCCAUUUAACUGUCCCAUAAAUCAUAUUUAGAUUCUGGAGAAUGUGAGAGAGCAGCAGUAAUGUUAAAUUCUGAUUGUCAGGGCCUGAAGCCCUGUUGGUUUUCAUUCCAGUCAUCUUGUCAGCAAACCACUUUCACCCAGGAAAGAGGAGCAGAGUUUUUCUAUCUACAACACUGACACAGACAGGACUCAGUACAUGCUCUCUGGCUAAUCCUUUUUAUUCAUUCUUCUGAUUCAAGCAGUAAUUUGUGACAGGGGGCAAAGAAGCAGUUAGAGAGAAUUACUUCCAGAACUUUUGUAUUGAUACUUUUGAUCUUUUACUCUUCUUGUCCACUAAUCUCCUCACAUCCACUUUAUCUCUCUUUUAUACCGUAGGUUUGGUUUACUUGGUUUGAACCAAAGGAAAAAAAUAUACAUUGUCGGAUUUUAGUUCUUCUCUGUUAUGUCUUCACACUGACUUAUCACAAACCAACUUAGAGGAGUAAACAGGAAGUCAUACAGGCAACUCAUUCAUUGGGCAGGUUAUGUUUUUGUCACACACGCUUCCAUUUGUACCUCCCCAUUUUUAUCUCUUCUUUCUCCUCCCUUCAUUACCUUUCUUCCAUCCGUACACUGUUCCUCCCUUUUCCACUCAAAAUAUCCAUCAAGUCAAGCCUCUGACUUUCAUAUCUGCCAUUUCCCUCCCUCAAAGGUUAAGUUUAGUGGCUCAUCCUGUGGUUCUUGCUCUGUUUUUACUUUCAAAAAUAUCUAAUCCAUCCCGCCAAUGUCUCUCUAACUCUGUCCCCCCCAAUGGCUGCGGGGCUCUGUUAGCAUUUUGUUGAGGUGCACCCAUUAAAUGUCACCUAGCUGGAGACGGAGAGAAAGGGAGGGACAAGUUGGUGAGUUCAUUUUCUUACUUCACUGUGUGUCUGCGAAUGUGUACAGAUUCAAUACUCCUCUCUGACUCUCAGAGUUUGACUCCUUUGACAGAUAAACAUGCGAUACAAAUAACACACACACACACAUACACGCUCAAAAAUCCCCUAUCCUUCAAAUCAGCGUAUACCAAAUGUUAUGUUUUGAAUUGAUUUCCUGCUCCAUUGCUAUUCUGCAUCUGUCUGUUUGUAGUUACGCUCAUGUUUUAAUGGAUUGUUUAUAAAGUUAAGGUUAACAUGAGAGUUGAUGUGUCCAGACAGAUGGUGCGGAGCUAAUGGAGAGAAACUGA